AUGGCGAAAAUUAGCGCUGGACCUGUUGUUGAUAUUUUGGGCGAUGAGAUGACUCGUAUCAUUUGGGAUUUGAUCAAGGAAAAACUCAUUUUACCGUUCUUGGACAUCGAGCUUCAUGUUUACGACUUGGGAAUGGAAAACCGUGACUUGACCAAUGACCAAGUGACUUUAGAUUGCGCAGAAGCUGUGAAAAAAUACAAUGUUGGAAUCAAAUGCGCUACAAUUACACCAGAUGAAAAGCGAGUAGAAGAAUUUAAGUUAAAAAAAAUGUGGAAGAGCCCUAAUGGCACCAUUAGGAAUGUACUUGGUGGUACUGUAUUUAGAGAACCGAUUUUAUGCAAAAACAUUCCGAGAUUGGUGACUGGCUGGGAAAAGCCAAUUAUAAUUGGAAGACAUGCUAAUGCUGAUCAAUACAAAGCUACAGAUUUCAUUGUUCCUGGAGCUGGAAAACUUUCAUUAACAUGGACCUCUAGUGAUGGUAAGUAUUUUGUAGUAUAUUUUACAAUUAGAAAUUAAAUUAAAAAUUUUUUUUGUUUUAAGGCAAAGAAAGAAUCGAUGAAGUUAUAAACGAUUUCAAUGGGGCAGGAAUAGCCUUAGGAAUGUUCAAUACAGAUGCGUCUAUAAUCGACUUUGCACAUUGCUCAUUCAAGUUUGCUUUGUCUAGGGAACUUCCAAUGUAUUUAAGUACUAAAAAUACAAUUUUAAAAAAGUAUGAUGGUCGUUUCAAAGAUAUUUUCCAAGAAAUUUAUGAUACACAAUAUAAACCGUUAUAUGAAGCCAAAGGUAUUUGGUAUGAGCAUAGAUUAAUUGAUGAUAUGGUGGCAUAUGCUAUGAAGUCUGAAGGUGGAUUUGUGUGGGCAUGCAAAAAUUAUGAUGGUGACGUUCAAUCCGAUUCUGUUGCCCAAGGUUAUGGGUCAUUAGGCUUGAUGACAUCUGUGUUGGUUUGCCCAGAUGGUAAAACUGUUGAAUCUGAAGCUGCUCAUGGUACGGUUACUAGACAUUACCGAAUGCAUCAACAAGGUAAAGAAACAUCUACAAAUCCCAUUGCCUCUAUUUUUGCAUGGACAAGAGGAUUGUUGCACAGGGCAAAGUUGGAUAAUAAUGCUCAAUUAGAAGACUUUGCAAAUAAAUUAGAACGGGUCUGUGUAGAAACAAUUGAAGAUGGUUUCAUGACCAAAGAUUUGGCCAUAUGUAUUAAAGGAAUGAAUGCUGUUCAAAGGGCUGAUUAUCUGAAUACGUUUGAAUUUUUAGAUAAAUUGGCAGAAAAUUUGAAACUUAAAUUAAAGCUCUCUUCAAAAUAG